GGACAAAUGUCGGAAGUUAAAGUGGAGAACAAACCGAAAUGACGAGUGUUAGAGAAUUUUUCGGGAUCUUUCAAACGUUUCAUGUCAUAAUCUUCUCUAUUCAUGGUUAUUUUGUGGAUGUGAAGAAUUUUACAGUUUAUAGUGGUCCUCAUGGCAGUCUUUUCGGAUACUCCGUAGCACUGUUGAACAAUUCCGACGGCUUCUGGAUCCUGGUCGGUGCACCAGAAGGUGAUGAUAUUUUCCAGCCUUGGGUGAGGCAACCAGGAGCAUUAUAUAAAUGUCCCUACCUUGCAGAAUAUGGAGGCAUAUGUCAGCAAGUCAACGUCGACAGUUCAGGAAAUUCCGAAGAAACCUAUUUAUUUCAUCGGAAAAAGAUAAGAUUCCACAACGAUAAAAACCACCAAUGGCUUGGUGUGGCAUUAGACGUUGAUCCAGAAAACCACUCAAGUAUUCUGAUUUGUGCUCAUCGCUGGAAAGACAGCUAUUUAAACUUACAUCUGAAUGGAAUCACUCACAUGAAUGGUAUGUGUUAUCAACUAGACUCAAGUCUUUCCAAAACCGCCAGAAAAAUCCCGGCUUUGACCAUUCGAGAAAGGCUAGUCAAUCGUCAAAGAUAUGCCGAAUUCUCCAUGGGUGGACUAGGAAUGUCGGCAAUAUAUUCUGGGGUAUCAGGAUACUUAAUUCUAGGCGCACCUGGACUUAAUGAUUGGUCAGGAGGAGUUGUACUUGAAAGAAAUGGAUCUAACAAGGACGACCUCCAUUACAUUGAACCUCCUAGAGGGACUUAUCAGGACUUUCAAAUCGGAAGCAGUCUUGCUGUUGGAAAUUUUUUAUUCAGGACUCUCAAAAGCCUGGCUUUGGGAGCACCAAGAGCAGGAAAGGUCUUAUUUUACGAAUGGAUGGACAGAAAUAGGGAACCUGUCCAUACUAUACAGAAUGCACAAAUUGGGAUUGGUUUUGGUGCGUCACUUUUGACAUACAGGAUACGUAAUGAAUACCUGGAUGACAUCAUAAUUGGAGCACCGUACUUCACAUCAAAUAGCUUGGAGAACGAAGGGAGAGUCUAUGUAUACAAAUCAAGAGGAAUUUUAGGGUUUGGACUUAUCACUACUCUAAAAGGUGUCUCCUUUGCACAUGCACAAUUUGGAGCAUCUCUUGGUAACUUAGGUGACCUAAACCACGAUGGCUUCAAUGAUAUUGUUGUUGGUGCCCCCUAUGAAGACGACGGAAGCGGUGGAAUUUAUAUAUUUAAUGGUUUUAUAUCAGGUAUAUGGCCGGUAUAUACACAACACAUAAAAUCACGUGACCUUCAGAAGUCAAUUAAAGGUUUUGGAAUAUCAUUUUCCCGCCCUGAGAAAAUUGACAAUGGGAGAAAGACAGUUGUGGCGGUUGGUUGUCAUACUUCAAGUCAAGCUGUUGUGUUACAAAGUUUACCAGUACUUAACAUUAGAACCAGCGUACAGAUAUCACAGAAAUCAGAUACCUGUCAAAACUGUGUCUCUUUUCGAAUUUGUUUUCUCGUAGAAACCCAACAAGAUGACAGCUUAUCAUAUGCUAUUCUGAAUUUUACUGCAACCAUUAAGCAAGACCCUGCUCUAAUGGUCGCUUUUGUAAAUUAUAAAGGCGAAAAACACGAGUUUCUUUCAACACUGAAAGAUUCAGUUUACUUGGCUUCCAACCAAAGACGAUGCUCUGGACAAUACUUUAUCACAGUAAAAGACUGCUGUGGUGGAUAUGAGGACAUUCAAACAAAAAUAUCAUUUGAACUUUCUAAUGUAACAACCCCAUUUGUCAUAAAUAAUUUCCAAGGAGAACUGGAUAAACCUAUGACACCCGCAGAUUUUCCUUAUAAGUUUGAGUACAAGAAUUUUUGUGGAAUCAACAGUAACUGUAAUAUUGCGAUGAACAUGAGUCUUGAGUGGGAGAAAUUAGUCAAUGGUCGAUAUUUUCUCAUUGAACCAGGGAGUGUUUCACUUCUGAUAAAGUUAUCAAAUCUUGGUGUCUCUAUUAACAACAUCAUCUUGUACCAGGUGUUUCCCGGUGAAAUGUUUUUCCUACAAGCAGUAAACGCGAAUUCAAAUCGAACACUCUCCUGUACAAUUAAAAGGAAAGAACAACACAGAGAUUUAGAAUGCUUCUUUGGAAUGAUUGAAGCAAACGAACAAAUUAUUGUAAGACUAGAGUACAUGAUACAGGAACCUAAGUCAGACAUGUCUCAGGUUACCAUUCAAAGCACUGUAACAACUACCACAGUCCAGAGCAAUCGAACGAGGCUAAGUCAGGCCUACACUGUACAGACUGUUCGAUAUGUGUAUGCUAAUAUUAAAAGGUUUUCGAGACCAUCGAAUUUUAUGCUAGUGAACACACAGAGAGUAUUAGAUAACAGGUUUACCCACGUCUUUUUCCUUUCUUUGACGGACCCAGACAAUGUGGAGAAUGUGUACUUCUUGGUUCCAAGAUUAAAAGAACUUUCUACUUCCGAAUUGGUGAUUAAGCAUGGAACAUCCAGUAUGGAAUGUGCAUGGGGCAAUUUUACACAUACUUUAACAGAUGUCAACAUUUUAAAAUAUCCCAAGAUUUGUGAGUACACUUACUGUGAUAUCUUAUCGUGUGAACUGAGACCCAAAUCCAGAAUCAUAGUACUGAAAGCUUUGUUCCAUUUCACACUUAAUUUACAGCAUUGGAAACCUAUCAGUAGGAUAGUGGAUCAUAGAUAUUCAACACAGAUAUGCUUUAAAAGCAGAUUUACAAUACUUGGAGAAAACCCUAUCUGUAGAAGCGUAAUAACUGAAAUGAAAGAUGUCUAUCGGGAUGAAUUAGAUGGACGAGUACACUAUUGGUUUCUAACUCUGGCAGUAUUUGUUGGCUUCGUCAUAUUAGUGGUUAUAAGUUGCUUUUUGUACAAGUGUGGUUUCUUCAAACGAAAAGCUCGACAGGAACUUAAACUAAAAAUUGAAACACAAAAGCUAAGUACUGCUCGCCUGCAGCUGCUUUCAGACGAGACAAGCGCAUCUGAAGAGACAGAUAAUGAGACGUUUGUGUUGACGCCAUUUCCGAGCGGAAGUGACGGAACACAGGUGAUGUCACCCCCGCCAUGUUACCGGGAAGUGAUGCAAAGAGUGUCAAACUCUUCCACGGAAUGUUUCUUUAUCUAUGACGAUGAGGAUGGUUAUUUACAGCCUGUGUUUUGAUCCUUGAAAUGAUUACAAUACCACCUAUAUCGUGUUCAACUUAUAUACCUGAAGAAUCACGUUUUGUGUUAGACUAUUUAUUCAUCAUGAAUAUUUUGUGUUGAAAAAUGUUAAUACUAUUUAACUGUAUAAUAAUUAUUAUUGACUCUGUGUACAUUAAGGAAAAUCCAUGAAAAAUGUAUAAACAUAAUAUGAAAGUUUUAAG